AUGAAUGAUAUAUUUUCCGAUUUCGAUAUCAUAGAAACCGGGUCGCGUCUUGCUAACCUCCAAUCGCAGGGAAAGAAAGGUGGCGGACAAGCCAGUCGACCACGUCAAGCUUGGACAGAUACACCUAAAACCAAUGAAAAAUAUGAAAGCUAUUACAAUGACCAUGGACUCAUUCCAAAAGAAGAACAAGAUGCUUUCUGGGCCGCCUUGAGAAGAGAGCUCCCCAACAGCUUUCGCUUCACUGGCUCCCGAGGGCAUGCGCUUUCUGUUAAGAAGACGCUUGUUGAUUAUCACAUCCCACAAAUCACCUCCAUCACCUAUGAAGGAAACGUCGUUGAGCCUCCAAAGCCCGUUCCGUGGUACCCAGACGAGUUGGCAUGGUACAUGACCACACCGAAAAAUGUCAUCAGACGCUUUCCUCCCUUUUCGUCCUUUCAGAAGUUCCUCGUCUCCGAAACAGAGGUAGGCAACAUUACGCGCCAGGAAGUCGUGAGUAUGAUUCCGCCUCUAUUCCUCGACGUUAGACCCGGUAUGACAGUUCUCGAUAUGUGCGCCGCGCCCGGAAGCAAAUCUGGACAAUUGAUGGAAUUGCUACAUGCCGGAGAAGAGGAAAGCAUUCGAAAGGCCGCUGCGGAGGUUGAGCAAGACACUUACGAUGAGUCGCAUCUUCCCGAGGGACUGCGAGAUUAUGGUCGUACUACUGGUCUUCUCGUCGCCAACGAUAGUGAUUUCAAACGAGCGCAUAUGUUGGUUCAUCAGAUGAAGCGAUUGAAUUCUCCGAAUCUGAUUGUCACAAACCACGACGCAACUUUCUACCCAUCUAUCAAACUUCCCUCGCCUACCGGGGAAAAGCAACCCAACGUUUACCUCAAAUUCGAUCGCGUUCUAGCGGACGUCCCUUGUUCCGGAGACGGGACAACCAGGAAGAACCCUAAUAUUUGGUCUGAUUGGAGUCCUGCCAGUGCGCUCGGUUUGCACGCAACUCAGAUGCGCAUUCUUGUUCGGGCUCUCCAGAUGCUCAAGGUUGGUGGACGCGUUGUCUACUCCACAUGCAGUAUGAAUCCAAUCGAGAAUGAAUCCGUUAUCGCUGCCGCUAUUGAACGCUGUGGUGGGUCAUCGCACGUUGAGAUCAUUGAUUGCAGCAAAGAGCUCCCCGAUCUAAAGAGAGUAAAUGGGUUACAUACGUGGAAAGUCAUGGAUCGCGAUGGUCGUAUCUGGAACAGUUGGGAAGAAGUUGAAGAGUACAGAGAAACCCAAGGAAUUACUGGACUUGGCCGUUUAGCAGCGACCAUGUUCCCUCCGACAGAGGAUGUCCAUCUCGAACGCUGCAUGCGUGUCUACCCUCAUUUACAAGAUACUGGCGGUUUCUUUAUCACAGUGCUAGAAAAGAAGAAGGAAAUUCGGGCCAAGCCAGAGGAUAUGACAAAAGUUAUACCAAAAGCAUCGGUUGCUGCUGUGGUGGAAGAACUAGACAAGAAGAACCGCGACGGUAACGACGGAUCUAUGGAUAAGAUCGAAGCGCUCGACGAUAUAGUGCUCCCCAGCGAAGGAACGAGAGGCAAAGACGCAACCGUUGCUGAAUCUUCCCACCAGCCUCCAUACAAAGUAACUUUGGACGAACCUUCAUCGAACGGGAAGCGAUUGGCUCCCGAACUAGAAACUCAGAUGCCAGUAAAACGUACGAAGCUUGAAGAUGGUACGGAGGCUAUCCUCGGCGAUCGGCCAGUACAUUCUCCCCCUCCAUCUGCUGUGGAAGGCCAGGAAGACACUACUGAUUACCCGCGAGUGGGAGAUCCCAAGCAACUGGAUAUGAACAUCAGGGCAGCAAAAAGAAAGCCGGGGUUGCCGUUUGAAGAGCCUUUCACUUUUAUCGACGGAAAACAAGAAGAAAUUGAGAAAAUCUUCAAGUUUUUCAAUAUCUCUGACCACUUCCCACGGGAUCGAUUCAUGGUGAGAAAUGCGGCGGGUAGCCUCAGCAAGACCAUUUACUACACGAGUGCACUGGCACGGGACAUCCUGAGGGAAAAUGAGGGACGAGGAAUCAAGUUCGUACAGAGCGGAGUGAAGAUGUUCGUGAAACAAGACGCUCAGAGACCAAACCAAUGUCAAUGGCGCAUUCAGACUGAUGGACUGCAAUUGGUCGAGGCCUGGGUUGGACCCGAGCGUACCGUGACAUUGACCAAGAAGGAGACACUACGGCUUCUACUGAAAGAGUUAUUCCCGCGAUUGGACAAGAAUAAUUACUUGCAUUUGGGAGAAGUGGGAGAAAAGGUCAAGGAUAUGGAUCUUGGGUGUUGCAUAUUGAGAGUGGAGCCAAGUGAUAUUGAGGACGGAUUCCGGGAACGAAUGGUCAUCCCUCUCUGGCGAUCAAUGUACUCUGUCAACCUCAUGCUUCCCAAGGAAGAUCGUCGUGCGAUGCUUCUUCGGCUCUUUAAUGAUAGUGAGCCUGUUGUCCAUACGCAAGUCAAGAAAGGUCCAGUGGUAGGUGAUGGAGAAGCUGAUUCGAGUGAGAUGAGCGAGGCCGUCGUAGGAGACGCGGUAACAGCCACAGCCGACCCGGAAAUGGUAUAUGACGAGAUUGUAAAGGACAUUCCUACCGGCAAGACGGAAGAGGACAUUAUCAAGACGGAGAAUCUCCUUCGUGGAGAGGAACAGGAAGACCUAAUGGCUAAAAGGGAAACGUAUCAACGUGAUGGUGAUGAAGAGGAUCGAUUCAAUACAACGGUUUAG